CACAUAUGUACUAAAAGAAAAUUGUGGACUGUAGAUGAUCAACAUUAGUAGCAGUAGUAGUAGUAGUAGGGAAUAAAUUAACACUACCAUUUGCAUUCAGCUAGCAAAAUACUAAUCAUUUUAAGAUAUAUAAAGAUAAAUAAUUUUCACAUGGGUUGUGGAAUCAGUAAAUCUCUGAACGUAGAACCUAUUUCAGUCAAACGUUGUACGAACUCAGAGAGUGAAUGUAUAACAACAAAACAUCGGGUCUAUGAAACACAACAUACUAAACAAUCAACUAAUGAAUUAACUACACUAAUAAGUACAGAUUAUAAUGAAAAAUUAUUGAAUGGAUCAGAAUGUGCAGAAGACGAAGAAAGUGACGGUGAAAUAGAUGAAGAAGAUAUCGAUUUAUUGAGGUGUUCAGAGUCACCUAUACGUUUAACAAUUAAAUUGGAUAGUGAUAAAAUGUUGAAAAUAAGUCCAAAUAAUGAAGAUAAUAAAAAAGGUUUUAUACCAUUUGAUAUCAGUUUAAAUGAAUCAGAAGAUGGUAUACUAGAGAGUUUGUAUAAAUGUCCACUACCCAAACACUUGCAACUAUUAGAACCGUUAGAUUGUACACUGAAAUAUACAACAGAAACGCUUAUCGAGAAAUUAGACAAGGCAGAAGAGAAACGGAAAAAAGCUCUCGAGUACUGGAAACAGAAGAUGAAGAGAAGUGGCUUAACCAGUCACCCAACACAUCACAUGGGUGAUAUGUCAACAGAAAAUCAGUCGAUGAGCAUUCAAACAGUCAGUGAAACAGAAGAUGUUCUAAACUCUACAGUAGAUGAAUGCCCCCUUAAAGACGAGAAUGAAGAGCAGUAUGUAGCUAAUCAGUUGAGUAAAAAUUCACCCAGUGCUGAUACGUAUUCACCAGUUUCAAUGACAAUGUCACUGGUGACAAUGACAACAACGCCAACAGGGACACGAACAGAAUCACAACAGAGUACUGAAAAGAUAAAUCAAAGCAACAAUAGCAGUAAUAAUAUUGAAGAUCAUUUUAUCAAACUGUUAUCAUCAGAUAGAAGUGAAAAAAUGACUUCAUCAGUGAAUCAGUUGGCAAACGCAUAUGGUGAUUUAGAACAAUCAAGUAGUUAUAAUUCAUCAUUGUUACCUGGACACAUCUGCAAAAACUAUCUCCUGUAUACUUUAACAGAGGAAGAUAUUGAAGACAAUGUCGCACAUGAUGACGAUAAUAACAAGAAUGAUAUUCCUCAAGACAACAUUGAUGAUGACAACAGUAGAAAUAUAGAAGGGGAACUGCGUAAAAUUGAAACAAGUCUAGAAGUUUAUACAAGCAAAAUAUCAUUUCCUAACAUAUCAAACAGGUAAUAAGCAUCGAUUCACUACUGUUACAAAUAAAAACAAUUAUAUCAUCCUAAAGACAGAUAAUAAUUAAAAAAGGAAAUUGUGCAAUGUGUUUUAAAAAAAUUUGCAUAGAGACGUCAGUUGUUCAACGAAUCGUUUCUUGUCCUGUUUCUGUUGGUGAAUGUAUACUACCAAUUUAUUGUUAGUAGUAUUAUAUUAUCAUUAUCAUUAUCAUUAGACUCCCAGUAUUAACUAUGUCAGCUUAUCAUGUGAAAUAUGAGUCAACUUGUUUGCAAAAAUGAUAGCUUCGGUUGUCGUAUCAUUACUGUUAAAAUUACAACUUUCAGUGUUAUCUACAUCCCUCUUUUCAGUGUAUUUUAUCGUAAACAGAGAAAUAAAAAAGGUGAAAAAGACAACAAAACAACAUUAACAACAUUGAUAACAUUGAACAUAACUUAAAAGUGUGUGCAGAUAACAUUCUGUAGAUAUUUUGUAUCAUAUCCACUUAAACAAAAUAACAUUUAUUGAAUACUGAAAGAAAGCCUGCCAAGAGAAGUCGACAAAACCAAGUAUUGAAAACAGAAAUAAAAUAUAAAGCAACUGGUCCCUUUGAUAAAUAAAAUAAGUUGAACAAUCGAAACAGUGGACAUGUGAAUAAAGUAACAGGAUAAACAACUUAAAUCCCACCUGGCUGUGAUCCUCACCUAUUUGCAAACUCAGACCUACUGUAAAGCAUUGUAUAAUUGACAUUGUAUUCAAUGAAUCAUUCGACAAUGAAUCAUUAUAGACAAAAAUUAACUUUACUUAUGAGGAGCAUAUGACCACAAUGAGUAAUAAAUAAUACAAAAUAUUUGUUUAUU